AGUCGCACAUCAUACUUGGAAACGCUCUCUUCAGACAGAAUCAGCGUAAUCUAAAAGCAGGCGCUGUAGGCAAGUUUCAUUACUGAUUUGGAGGUUGGUUCAGAACAAGAAUUUGAGAAUAAUUUUGGAACAUCUUCAACUUCCCAGCUUUCAUUCAUUCUUACCUUGGCUUAAAGACUAGCCGAGAACUUCACGGAAUUUUACAUCUGUUGGAUGAAAAAAUUGCAGAACCAUGUCCAUCAGCCUCAACAAGCGAAUCCUGACAGCGCUGAGUAACGGGCCGACCCGCCGGAACUUGUUCGGCCCGGUGGACCGGGAGCAGCUCCAGCUGGAGUACCAGGACUCCCUGAGGAAGGACCUGGAGGACGCCUCCCGUCGCUGGGGCUUCGACUUCCUGACUGAGACGCCGCUCAAGGGGGGCGACUACCAGUGGGAGGGGAUUUCGGGGACCAAGGUCCCAGUGCUGUACCGCUCCUGCAUGGUCGGUGCGGUGGAGGUGGUGAGGCCCGGGGGGGUGUCGGGGUCGGGUGUGGGAUCGGCCGCGGCCCACAGCGGCAAGGAGAACAUCCCGCGCACCCCCAACAGGGACUCCCUCAAGCCCCAGAACCUGGAGACGACUCCGGAGAAAAGCCAGAGCAACAACCAGAGCAACAAGCUGAAGAGAAAACAGACCAACAUUACAGAUUUCUAUCAAGCAAAACGGCGAGUGGUGGCCACACCCCGGAAAUCAGGGCAGUGAGGAUGGGUGCGUGGGGGGUGCGGUGUCCCACAGUACCACAGUAACACUACUGUCUCUCUCAGGAACCUCAUUCCUACACAAGACUGUUGACCAACACUUUCGCUAAAAGGACUUGAACGUAUUUAUAAGGACAGACCAAGUUGCCUCACCUUUUUCAGUCGACAUCAUGUCUGUUUGCUUUGAUGUAAUUGCGUCUCCGCAUAAAGGUCCGCAGAGCUUGGCUCUGCUCAGAGUGGCGCAAGCACUUAGCCCAAGAAGACGUCAAGUUCAAGAAGGAAGUGGAUGACAUUCUGUCAGAGUCAGUGUAACUGACCACCACCUGGGCCAACAGUGGCACAGCCAUGCCUCUCUGGACCACCUGAAAAGCACACCGAAUUUAUAGUCCCAGCUACAAGCACCGAAGGCUGCAGACACCUGGCUGAUCAGUCCACAGGUUUAAAAACUCAUUCCCGGCAUCUUCGCAGUGAAACUCCAUAUUGAAAUAAUGCUUAGCAAACAACAGAUCCAUGUGUGUAUGUGUGCAUUUAAAUGUUAUCAGUUUUUUUUUUUUUUUUU